GGGCAGUGCCGGUGCUGCGCCGCGCGGAGCGGGGCCGAGCAGGAGCCGCCAUGAGCAUGUACAGGGUGAAGCCGCUGCACGGCGCCGCGGGGCCGCUGCCGGCUGAGCAGCUCCCCACGUGCAUGUACCGCGUGCCCUGCCUGCACCGCCCCGCCACUACGCAGGAAGAGGUUGACCCUUCACUCCAGGCCCUCGAGUCCCACCAGGAGGAGAUUCUGAAGCGCCUGUACGAGCUGAAGAGCGCCGUGGAUGGUCUCUCAAAGAUGAUACAGACUCCUGAUGCCGACUUCGAUGUAACUCACGUCAUUCAAAAUGACGACUCUUCUCCUUUGACAGCAAACGGGGCAGAUCUGGAUUUGAUGCUUGGAAAGGAUUACGGUGCCCUGAAAGAUAUUGUAAUCAAUGCAAAUCCUUCUGCACCCCCACUGUCCUUGCUGGUACUGCACAGCCUGCUCUGUGAGCGCUAUAAGGUACUGUCAGCUGUUCACACACAUUCAUCGGUGAGAAGUGUGCCAGAAAAACUCCUGAAAUGCUUUGGAGAGCAGAUGAAGAAGCAACCGCGCCAUGAAUAUCAGCUGGGCUUCACUCUGAUCUGGAAGGAUGUUCCAAAGCCUCAGAUGAAGUUCAGCAUUCAAACAAUGUGCCCAAUUGAAGGAGAAGGCAACAUUGCUAGAUUUCUCUUUUCCCUUUUUGGUCACAAGUACAAUGCGAUUAACUCAACUCUGAUUGACAGCUGGGUUGACACGGCCAUCUUCCAGCUCAGAGAAGGCAGCAGUAAAGAAAAAGGAGCAGUCUUGCGAUCCAUGAAUGCUGCCCUGGGCAAGACAUCAUGGCUGGUGGGAAACGAACUCACCGUGGCAGAUAUUGUUGCAUGGUGUGCACUUCAGCAGACAGGUAGUGCAAACGCUGCACCAUCCAAUGUGCAGAAAUGGAUGAAGUCCUGUGAGAACUUAGCACCUUUCAGCUCUGUUAUUAAGCUACUGAAGUAAGUCUGUACUCUUACAUAAGCAGGGUGAUUUUAACCUUUUUCCACCCCACACCUACUGCCGUGGUUCAAAUCCUUUCUACAUUUCUGCAGUUGGACAGAAUCCUAAAACCAAUAAAAACAUUACAGCUGC